AUGCUCUUUUCUGGUUGCUCCCAUGACAAUUCCUUCGGGCCAACCGUUUACGGGUGUCGAGAUGACUUUGACUUCACAAUUACAUUCGAAAGAAUUUUCUUCUCAUUGGUCCCCGCCUCUCUUUUUAUUGCCAUUGCUCUAGUAAGAGUAGUCUCUCUCGCCUGGAGACCACAAAUUGUCAAGGGAGCCAUUUUACGUUGGGUGAAAUUGGCUAUAACACUAGUUCCUAAUGCCUUUUUCACAUCCUCCAUGGCUGUGGAGCUCGUUUCCAGCCUCAGUGUUGCGGCGGUCUCAUUCAUAGAACACAGUCGGUCUCCACGCCCGUCAAUCUUGCUCCAUGUAUAUUUGCUUGUCACCAUAUUAUUGGACAUAGCCCAAGUACGCACCCUAUGGCUUGCCUCAACCAGUCCUGAUGACAUAAGAGUGACUGGCCUGGUGACAGCAGAAGUUGUGGUAAAGGCGUGCCUACUUUUGGUCGAGUCUCGAAGCAAGGCAAGAUGGACACGAUGGGAUCAGAAACAGCAUAGUCCUGAGGAGACCAGUGGUCUUUUUGGUCUCGCUGCCUUUGUCUGGAUAGACAGUCUCUUUAUGUCUGGGUUCAAAAAGGUAUUGACCAUAAAUGACUUGUUACCACUGGACAAGAGUAUGGCGACCGAGUCCUUGGAAAGAGCAUUAUGGGAUCGUAUACAAACUUUGAAGUCAAAUGGUCAGAAAUUGGGCCUCCUUAAAGCUUUAGUCCAGGCUCUCAAGACACCGCUUUUACUACCGGUUGUCCCUCGGCUUGCUUGGAUUGGAUUCCGAUUUUGCCAGCCAUUUCUCAUCCACACGCUCUUAGACCGCUUACAGGAACCCAACUCGGAUUCUUCAGAUCAUGCAAAAAAUGUAGGCUACAGCUUGAUUGGUGCGACAAUUCUUAUAUAUUCGGGAAUUGCCAUUUCAAGCGCAUUGUACUGGUAUUUACAUGAGCGAACCCUUUGCAUGUUCCGAGGAACCCUAGCUGGAGUUAUAUAUAAGAAAACAACGGAGAUAGAAUUGUCCUCCACACGCGACUCGGCAGCUCUAACCUUGAUGAGCACCGACAUUGAAAAGAUCAGGCUGGGCUUCUUGAAUCUCCACGAACUUUGGGCAAACACAGUCGAAGUUGCUCUCGCUAGUUGGCUGGUCGAGCGUCAGAUUGGGGCAGCGUUUGUUGCACCCCUGAUCAUAGUUUUCUGCUGUGCUGUUCUUGCUGCGUUCGUGAGUCGUUACGCCGAAGCAAGACAAAAGUCAUGGAUGGGAAAAAUACAGAAGAGAGUCAGACUCACAGCGAAUGUGAUUUCGGAUAUGAAACAUCUCAAGAUAUCUGGGCUUUCUAGCCCAGUAUAUGACUUGAUUCAAGAGAUGCGGGUUGACGAAUUGAAAGCUGCGUCUCGCUUUCGACUGGUCUAUGUCAUCGUUGCCACACUGGGCUACGUACCACUAGCUCUUUCCCCCGUGAUAACAUUUGCAGUCACAUCUCGCACUCUGGACGUCAGCAGAAUAUUCACAUCUGUGUCUUAUCUUCUACUUUUAGCUGACCCACUUGGGUACCUAUUUCAGAACAUUCCCAAUCUUUUAGCGGCCCUUGCUUGCAUUAACAGAAUCCAAGAAUUUCUGGAGAAGAACCCGCGGGUAGACUACAGGCUGCCAUUUGAAGCAGGGGUCGAGAAGAAGGAUUGGAAGACUGAGGGCCCAACGGAAAAGUUUGACCCGGCAAUAACUAUCAUCAAUGGAAGCUUUGGAUGGACGCCUGACAGAAUGGUCCUAAAGAACGUUGAUCUACACAUCACAAGGUCUCAACUCACGAUGGUUGUUGGACCGAUCGCAUCAGGCAAGUCUACCCUAUGCAAAGUCUUGCUAGGUGAGACGCCAUACUACCACGGGAAAGUCCUAAUUGACGCUGGGCUAUUAUCUCGACAAGUGGGAUAUUGUGAUCAGACACCAUACCUGUCCAACACUACUAUCCGAGAAAACAUUCUUGGGUUCGCUGCUUACAACGAAAGAAAAUACCGAGAGGUCAUAGAAGCGACCAUGCUCAAGGCGGACCUCUCUACACUUCCUAAAGGAGAUGAAACAGUGAUCGGCAGUAAUGGGAUUACUUUAAGUGGAGGCCAGAAGCAACGAUUGUCAACGGCCCGUGCCUUGUAUACUGAUUCAAAGUUGUUCAUGUUUGACGACGUGCUCAAGGGCCUGGAUGCUGUUACGGAAGAGCAAGUCUUCCAUCGCGUGUUCGGCCCCGGAGGUCUAUUGCGUCGCAGGAAUGCCACGGUGAUUUUAUGUACCCAUUCUGUUCGAUAUCUACAACAUGCGGAUUACGUAGUGGCCUUAGGAGAAGAGGGCCGUGUUGUUGAGCAAGGCACAUUUUCCAGCCUAAUUUCCAGUACAAAAUACGUCCGAAGCCUUGGGAUCAAAAUCUCAGAUGUAAUGAACGCGCGUAUGGAUGAGGAGGAUGAAGACCGGCGACGAUCGAAACCGGAAUUGAAACCUGUCACGCUAACUGAGACUUCUAGUUCCAUGGACAAAAAGGCAAGAAUGAAUGGCGACCCAACUGUCUAUCGUCAUUAUUUGGCGAGUAUUGGAAAGCGAUUCAUUGCCGUGUUCGUCGUGUUUGGGCUCGGAUGGGGCUUUUUCUACAACUGGGGGACCAUUUGGCUACAAUAUUGGUCCAACAAUGUUUCAUCUUAUCCAACACAUACUAGCUCAUUCUACAUUGGUCUCUAUGCCUUAUUUCAGGUCGCAUAUAUUUGCUGUCUUCUGUUGUGCUUCCUGAUAUGCUUCCGAACUAUGAUUCGAAUAUCUGGAUCUCGACUUCAUAAGGCAGCGUUAGCCACAGUCAUUAAUGCGCCAUUGAAAUUUUUCGCGACUACUGAUACCGGCCUGGUGACCAAUUUGUUCUCUCAAGACAUGACUUUGAUCGAUAACGAGCUCCCUAUUGCUCUCACUAAUCUUGCUAUGGACAUGCCAAAUGCUACUGGCAUGGCAGCCGUCGUAGCAAUAUCUUCACCAUAUCUUGUUAUCUCGUACCCCUUUAUCUUCGCCGUUUUGUACGGAAUUCAAAAGUUCUACCUCCGAACAGCGCGCCAACUUCGACUCCUAGACCUUGAAACCAAAAGUCCACUUUACACCCACUUUCUCGACACCGUGAAAGGUGUAGCAACAUUCCGCGCCUUCGGCUGGGUCCAAGCUGGUAUUGCCGCAAACAAUGAACUUCUUGAUACUUCACAACAGCCAUUCUAUCUCCUGGCCAUCGCUCAGCGGUGGCUCGGAUUCUCGCUCCAGCUAGUUGUUGCUCUCUUGGCAAUCAUGGUUGUGACCUUGUCUACGCAGCUCGGAUCUCGCGCAGGUCUGACUGGUGCUAGCUUGGUGACGCUGAUGACCUUCGGUGACAUUCUGAACUAUAUAAUGGGAUUUUUAACACAGCUGGAGACGUCUAUCGGUGCCAUCAGCCGGCUAAAACACUUCAGUGAGGAUGUAAUGCCCGAGGGCUCGCCAGAGGAAGAUUUCAUCCCCCCUUCCGAGUGGCCUAGUAGAGGAUUUAUUCAUAUUGAUGGGGUAUCAGCUUCUUACGACGCGAGCGAUGAUGACAAAAGCACGCUCGCUGUAAGCAAUCUUACCCUGACCAUUCAGGCGGGAGAAAGAGUUGUCAUCUGCGGUAGAACAGGAAGUGGUAAAUCCUCCGUAAUCCUCCUUCUCCUCCGCCUCUUGGACCCUCUCCCGAUGUGCGCUGAAAACAUCACUAUCGACGAUACGCCUCUUCAUAAAAUCGACCGCAUAGCCUUGCGUCAGAGAAUAAUAGCCAUCCCGCAGGACGUCGUGUUCCUUCCAGACGGUACGACAUUCAAAUCCAACCUCGAUCCAUUUGCUGUUUCGACCAAUGGCGAAUGUCAAGAUGCCCUCAAAACCGUGGGCCUAUGGCCAUUUGUGACUGAGCGCGGGGGUCUGGAAGGACCAUUGGAUCCUGAUACGCUCUCACAAGGACAGAAGCAGCUUUUCAGCCUAGCUCGAGCAAUCCUGCGCCGAAGGAUUCGUGAUCGGGACGCCCCCGAGAACGGAAAAGGAAUUCUACUUCUAGACGAGAUUGGAUCUGGCGUUGAUAUAAGUACAGACCAAGACCUGCACGUAAUUAUUCGAAAGGAGUUUCGAGGAUAUACCAUUGUUAUGGUUAGCCAUCGAUUGAAAACAGUCAUGGAUUUUGAUACGGUUGUGGUAAUGGACAAGGGCUGUAUGGUUGAGAAGGGAGAGCCACAGUUGUUAGUUAGAGAAGAAGGGAGUCGGUUUGGAGAAUUAUGGGUGGCUAGUCAAGGCUAAUGGAGUUUAUCAGUAUGCAAAUAGGUCUCCUUCUAGUUGGCUUUAUAAAG